UAUUCCUGCCCAGUCUGUUGCUUCUCAUCCAGUCUUCAUCCUUCCGUCAGAGCGAGGCUGGUACCGACAGCAGCAGCAUCCUCAGCAGCAGCAGCAGAGCAACUAAGCCCCGCUGUGAAUCAGCUGACGCGCAUUCUGGGGGAAAAUAACCAACAUUCUGGGAAUAAGGCUGUGUCAAGCAAGAUGGGGCCAUUCCAAGAAUAUGAGGAAAAGAAAUCCCCUGAGAAAGGAAGUCCACGCAGCCGGAUCCCACGUUUGGUCCUCCAUCCUUUCCCUCCAAAGGACAAAGGAUCUCCUCUGUCUGAUUCCCUUUUAUCCGAGGAGGAAGGGAAGGAGUGUGACAUCAGUUCCGAGCACUCCAAGAGGACCAUCAGCACCAACAGUUUUUGCUCUGAUGACACCGGCUGCCCCACUAGUCAGUCUGUGUCCCCCUCCAAAACCCCGUCAGGCUCAGAGCAGAGCGCCAAUGGGUCGCCGACACUGCCAGAGCGCAAAGCCAAAGUGAAGAGGGUGAGGGUGAUGGCAGAGAGCGGAGGAGAAGCCCGGAGCAAACAGAGGCACAAGAGGGAGCUAAGGUCGGCCCUGAGAGCCCGAGGCAGUGAAGCAGAUUUCAGUUCCUCCAGCAGCACAGGCAGCCUGAAGACCAAGGAAAGCCUCACGUCAAGUUCGGUUGGAAAGAAAGUUUCUUCACGCUGUCGUGGCUCUCAAAUCAGAACGCUCCACGUAUUCAAACCAGCUGGGCUCCCAUCUGUGAAGCAUGAUUCAGAACUUUAUGCUCCCUGCAGGACUCCUCCCAGAGCUGCUUCUUCAACGCUCAGCAGCAGCAACUCCAGCCCGACAUCAAGAAGAUUGAGUUUGGGCCGCUAUCGCUCCUGUGGGGAAAACCAUGGAAUCAGACCCCCGAACCCGGAGCAGUACCUAACCCCACUGCAGCAGAAGGAAGUGGCCAUCAGACACUUGAAGACCAAGCUGAUGGAGUCUGAGAACAAAGUUCAUGACAGAGAGAAUGAGAUUGAAGAGCUCAAGACACAGCUUUGCAGAAUGAGGGAAGACUGGAUUGAAGAGGAAUGCCACAGAGUGGAGGCUCAGCUGUCCCUCAAAGAAGCUCGCAAGGAGAUCAGACAGCUCCGCCAGGUGGUGGAAACUAUGAAGAACAGUCUGAUGGAGAAGGAUAAAGGGAUACAGAAGUAUUUUGUUGAUAUCAACAUCCAAAACAGGAAGCUGGAGUCCCUCCUGCAAAGCAUGGAGCUUGCCCAGAAUGGUUCCACCCUUCAAGACGAAGGUGCCUUGGAGUUUAUGUGCGACAGUCCCGAGGGAGGGGGUAAGAAGUUGUUGGGGGAAGAAGGGUGUGGGAUGGAGCUGGGGAAUGCGGGAGCAGAGGCAAUGGCAGACAGUGGGCUUCUGGUGAAUGAUGAGAUGGCCAACAGAGAUGAUAUUUUUGAGCAGGUUUUCAUGUCUACUGCAGUGGAUUUUAGUCAGGACUCCAGCUGCAGGCCAGGGCCCCAAGUUGAGACUAGCGCUGGUAAACCCGCACUGAUAGACGGACAUUUGGUGGCAGCAUCUAGUACACCCACAGCAUCCCCAACAAAUGCAGUUGUAUCUAGAGAUACCAUCUCUUCAAGCAAACUUUGUCACCAGAAAACGGAUGAUAAAGAAGUUCAGACUGAUAUUUUUCCCAUAUCUCCAGACCUGCAGGCUCUACUACUUCAGCUUCUGAAGUACAAUGGAGCGUCACUUGGGGAUUCAGCUCUUGUAGCUCCCAGUGGUCCCCUGGGAUUCCCAGUCUUACCCUCAUCUACAUUCACUCUUGAUCACUCUGGCUCAGACCGUUCACAGCCCAGCAUGGUAAUUGAUGGUCCACAUGUUAAAAGUUGUUGUUCAGACCCAACAGAGAGCAGCCGGUUCAUGGCAGAGCUGGACUUUGGUGUCUAUGAAGAGAAAUCUUUGUCGUCUAAAAGGCUAGACUUGGUGGAUAAGCAGUACUGGAGCAGCAGCUUCCUGGUUGAUCUGGUGGCAGUGGCAGCUCCAGUGUUGCCCACUGUGGCCUGGCUGUACUCACGGCACGGUGUAGAUGGAACUGCUCCAGUGUACAACAUUGGAGCUUUGAUAAGGGGCUGUUGCAUCAUGGGAUUGCACUCACUUCGUCAUGUUGCUCGUAGGCCAAACGCAUAAUCACUUUAAAUUUGCAUGCUCACGCCUGACUUUGAACUUUCACAUUGCCAAGGGUAUUAUGUUUUUGUUUUUUUGUUUAACACCUGAUGAGAUUAUUGGAGCUUUCUAGGGUUUAAACACUUAUUUUUGCACUCUACAGUUGGUAUGGAUGGAAGCUCAGUGGUGACCAAAGAGUAUUUAUUUAAAUGUAAUACGCAGAUCAUCUGAGUAGAUGGUUAUGUCCUGUAAUGUUUCCUUUUCCAUUUAUUUAUUUUUUUCAAAAGCCAUUAAGAAAUGAGACUGAAUGGUAUUUUUUUUUUAUUUGUAAUGUUUUGUGCUGCUGUUAAUGAAGAAACCUUAAACCUUCAGCCAAAGCUUUAAUGUGAGUUCACUGUUUUGUGAAAUUCCCUCACUUGACCCUUUCUCUUAAGUAGAGCUUUACCUGUACAGCUUAUGUAUGGUUCACACAAAUAAUGUUCAUGCUUUAUAGAUACCUGAUGCUUGUUCUGUGCCUGAGCAAUGUGCAAUAUUGUUGGUUUACAUCAAAUUUCAUUGUAAGCUUAUUAAUAAAGCAUGAUAA